AUGACGCGGGAGGAGCCCUACCACGAGGAGUUCAGCUAUGACCGGAUGCCCACCCUGGAGCGGGGCCGCCCGGACAGCCCCAGCUACGGCGCCGACGCCAAGCCCAACGACCUCCGGCUGACCAAGAGACUCCCGCCGUGCUUCAGCUACAAGACGCGGAUCUUCUCUGUGCUGGUGGGGAGCUGCCUUCUGGUAACCUCCGGGUUUUCACUCUACCUGGGAAACGUGUUUCCAUCGGAGAUGGACUACCUGUGCUGCGCGGCAGGCUCUUGCAUUCCCUCGGCGGUUGUGAGCUUUGCUGUUUCCAGACGAAACGUCAAUGCGAUCCCCAACUUUCAGAUGCUGUUUGUUUCCACGUUUGCUGUCACAACAACGUGCUUGGUUUGGUUUGGAUGUAAGCUGGUCCUGAACCCAUCGGCAGUGAACAUCAAUUUCAACCUGAUCCUGCUCCUCUUGCUGGAGGUCUUCAUGGCCGCCACCGUGAUCAUGGCUGCGCGGUCCAGUGAGGAAGACAGCAGGAAGAGGAAGGCUGACAAAACCAACAUUUUGGAUGAGGUGACCUUUCCUGCUCGGGUCCUGAAAUCCUAUUCAGUCAUUGAGGUCAUUGCCGGCAUCUCGGCCGUCCUGGGUGGAAUCAUCGCUCUGAACGUGGACGACAAGGUCUUGGGUCCCCACCUCUCCGUGACCUUCUUCUGGAUUUUAGUGGCUUGUUUCCCAAGUGCCAUUGCCAGUCAUGUGACAGCUGAGUACCCCAGCAAGCGCCUGGUGGAGGUGCUGCUCGCCAUAACCAGCAUCACGUCCCCGCUGCUGUUCACAGCGUCUGGGUACCUCUCGUUUGGCGUCAUGAGGGUCGUGGAGAUUUUUAAGGAUUACCCACCAGCCAUAAAACAAUCCUACGAUGUGCUCCUGCUGCUCCUGCUGCUGGUGCUGCUCCUGCAAGCCUGCCUCACCACGGGCACCGUCGUCCAGUGCGUGCGCUUCAAGAUCCACGGGCAGCUGCAGGGCGUGCCCUGGGGCCCCACGCAGGCCAGCCCGCCAGAGCCCCCAGCAGGGGAGGUGGCCAGGAGCCCGCGGCAGGAGUUUGACAAGGACAAGGCCUGGAGGGCCGUGGUGGUGCAGAUGGCUCAGUGA